GCCAACAGCUGGCUGUUUUAUUUCGUCCAAAUUUUUAUCAACAAACAUUGUAUGCGUUUGUUUCAUCUUUCACGGCAUCUCAUUCAGUCCAAAACCUUCUCCUUAAACAGAAUCACCUUUCCAGUCUACAGCAAAAUGGAAAAUAACGAGAAAGUCCUUGUCGGAUGUAUCGGUGGCAGUGGUCUUUACCAUCUUGACAACCUCACCUUUGUCAAAACCGUUCAUAUUGAGACUCCCUGGGGCAAGCCUUCCUCUCCUAUAAAUAUCUCCUCUCUCCCCUCCGGCGCCCUCGUUGCUUUCAUUUCCCGUCACGGUUCCCAUCACAGCAUCACCCCCAGCGAGGUUCCUUGCCGAGCAAAUAUCGCCGCCCUGAAGCACAUCGGAUGUGAGGCUAUCAUUGCCUUCUCUGCGGUCGGUUCUCUGCGAGAGGAAAUUGCCCCUGGUCAUUUCAUCAUCCCCGAUCAGAUCAUCGACAGAACCAAGGGUAUCAGAGAGGACACCUUCUUUAGGGGAGAAGGACUGGUCGUCCACUCCAUGUUCGGUGAACCAUUCAGUCAGAAACUCAAUGCUUUCGUGGCUCCCAGAGUGGAAAAAAUCCUGAAGGAGACAGGGGACGUCGUCUUGCACACUGGAAAAACUGUGGUUUGCAUGGAGGGUCCUGCCUUCUCUACUCGAGCGGAGUCUCUUAUGUAUCGACAGUGGGGUGGUGACAUUAUCAACAUGUCCGUCAUUCCUGAAGCCAAGCUCGCCCGCGAGGCUGAACUUGAUUACACCCUCAUCUGCACUUCCACGGACUUUGACGCUUGGCGAACCGGCUACGAUCCCGUGACUGUCGAGGAAGUCGUCAAGGUCCUCCACACCAACGCCGGCAACUCCCGUGCCGUUGCUGCUGGUAUCCUGCAAGAUGUUCACGAUGUUGUUGUCGAAGGCAAGACCUUGACCGACAUCAAGGGCUCUAUGAAGUUUGCCUGUGUCACCAGGAAGGAUAUCCAACCAGAGGCUUCCAGGAAGAAGCUUUCUUACAUUCUGCCUUACUUCUCCGAUUAGAUUAUCUAGAAUAUAAAUAUGUACACUCUGAACAGUCAGCAAAUUAACAUAGUGGAAUAAACCGCAGUUGAAUGGCUGCGGAGGUUGGAUGGCCUUCUUCUCCUUCCGGAAAUAAAGUGCUUUCUUACGUAGUGACCGCG